CUCUCAAACGUAGGUGUCUUCCAACCCUUCGUAGCUUGUCAUGACAGGGGAGACAGCUCGACAACUAACGCCAACACUACAAUAGUCAAUCGUUUUGUUCACCCGAAAAGACACGCCUGAGUUUGUCUGCCUUUUCUUCUUCCAAUGCACUCAAGACUCUCCACCACCUUCCGACCCACCAAGGCGGGGUCCCCUAUUUCGACUAGAAAUUAUAGUACACGCUCGAAGUCAAGCUGCAUGCCCCCUUUUAUUUUUUGCAUGCCAAGCCCCUAUUUGGCUUAACGUGUGCCGGAUAACAUCCGGUUUGGUCGUGUUAGCUCAUCUUCUUCUAUUCAUCCCUCUUACGUUAUCCCACUUCAUCAAAUUUCCCUAAGGUUCCUUUCUCUUUUGCUACUCCCCUCUCCCCCAGUCUUUCAACUAUCUCGAUGGAAUUGCCGUUGACGGCGCCGGAUUCCGGUGGCUCGACAGUUUCAUACAAGUUGGAGACAAAGAGCUUGUCCUACAAACUGUGCGCCAAGUUCGAUGAGUUCUCUUGGCUCUUUCGCGACAAGGGUCGAAACUCGAGCGCAAAGUUCAUUUUGAAGGAUGUGAACUGCGAGGCAAGGCCUGCGGAGAUCACUGCCAUUGCUGGACCCAGCGGAGCUGGCAAAACCACCUUGCUUGAAGUCCUAGCCGGGAAAAUCUCCUGGGGCCAAGUGUCUGGGGAAGUUCUCGUUAACGAACAGCCAAUCGAUCCCAAGAGCUUCCAGAGGUUAUCUGGUUACGUUCCUCAAGAUGAUGAGCUGUUUCCUUCGCUGACUGUUGAGGAAACGCUCAUGUAUAGCGCGCGUCUCAGGCUUCACGGAGGCAGGAAAGAGGCUGUCGCUAGAGUGAGAGCACUAAUGAAGGAGCUUGGCUUGGAUCAUGUUGCAGGAACGAGAAUAGGUAGUAAGUCAUCGAACAGAGGGAUCUCGGGAGGGGAAAAGCGCAGGGUGUCGAUUGGGGUGGAACUAGUCCAUGACCCGGCAGUGAUCUUGAUCGAUGAACCAACGUCAGGACUGGAUUCAGCCUCAGCUCUUCACGUUGUGAAGAAGCUCAAGUUCAUGGCACUUCACCAAGGUAAGACAAUCAUAUUAACCAUCCACCAACCUGGGUAUCGAAUCCUUGAGCUGUUAGAUCGAGUUGUUUUGCUUUCGGGGGGAUUUGUUAUCCAUAAUGGUCCUCUGUCUCUUCUGGAAGAGAAGCUUAGGUUCGCUGGUUUGGGCAUGCCGUGCCAUGUCAAUGUGCUUGAAUAUGCCAUUGAUGGUAUAGAAUACUUGGGUGUAGAAGCUCACAACAACCCGCAUUUUCACCAAGGAAACGCUAAAGACGGUAAUGAAAACGAGGCAGGAAAAGAGGAGCUGUUCUCAUAUCCGAACUCUUGGUUCAGAGAGAUUCUAAUACUGGAGCAAAGAUUUUGCAGAAACAUUUUCAGGACGAAGCAGCUCUUCGCCACAAGGGUGAUACAGGCCCUUGUGGCUGGGUUCGUGCUCGGCACCAUUUUCCUUAACGUCGGAGACAAUCCAGGAGAACUUGCUCUGCAAACUCGGCUCGGGUUUUUUGCCUUCAGCCUAACCUUCUUGCUCUCUUCAACGACAGAAGGCCUGCCCAUUUACCUGCAAGAAAGAAGAAUCCUGAUGAGGGAGACUUCAAGAGGAGCCUACAGGGUAUCCUCCUACGUUGUCGCGAAUAUCGUUGUCUUCCUUCCCUUUCUUUUGAUGGUGUGUUUCCUCUACUCGAUCCCAGUUUACUGGCUGGUCGGGUUUCGGAGAAGCACGGAUGCAUUUUUCUACUUCUCGCUCGUGGUUUGGCUGGUCCUCUUGAUGUCCAAUUCCUUUGUAGCUUGUUUCAGCGCUCUCGUGCCGAAUUUCAUCAUGGGGACGUCGAUCAUCGCCGGACUGAUGGGAUCUUUCUUCCUCUUCUCCGGUUAUUUCAUAUCGAAGGAGAAGAUCCCCCAAUACUGGAUUUUCAUGCAUUACAUGAGCUUGUUCAAGUACCCAUUUGAGUGUUUCAUACUGAAUGAAUAUGGAGGUCCUGAAGGGAGAAACAUGUGCUUAGAGUUUGAGAAUGGAGAGUGCAGCUUAUAUGGAAGCGGGUUCUUGAGACAGCAAGGAUUAGAGCAAUCAGAGAAGUGGACCAACAUAGCUGUGAUGUGUGGCUUCAUCGUCGGCUACAGAGUCCUCUGUCUUCUCAUCUUAUGGUACAGAUGCUGUAGGACAAGAAACUAGCUGUAUUAAGAAGAGAUUGUUUUCUGUCUAUUCUUUCUUGUUACGAUUCCUAAACUUAUCAAAUUGUUGACAUAAGCAGAAGCUUGCCUUGUACCAUUCAAAUUAGUGCAUAAACUUGACAUGAGUUAUUCUUCAGGCAAAUUAUUCAUCUUCGAUCGCGCACUGCAGUAAGUUGGCACAAGCACGCAGCUGAGCAUGCAAAGAACUCGCUAAAAUUUGGGAUGGGAUGAUCGAAGUAUGGCUAAAUACUUCAUAUCCUGUACAAUUUCACUCUGAGAUCUUAGCACACCACACAGAAAGAACCCUAUCGAUGAUCUUUUGACUAUAUCUUCUAAGGUCGCGAUACAAAUCUUUGAGUGAAAACCUAUGACAUGUGAGCUGACUGUCACCUCAAUUCUAUUAAAGAUGCAUAGACUGUCCAUAUUGUCCACAUCCCAUACUUGAAGAUCAGGAAUAAUACUGUUUCCAACACUUUCUCUUCU